GCUUGACCUGCCUGCGGCGCGGUGCACAGCAGAGGUUGGCUGAGGCGCGCGGGAGCCGCCCGGCCUCUGUGUGCCUGUGUCUGUCUGUGACACUCGGGCCCGGUCUCCCCGCGAUGGCUCUCCCCACAGCUCCCGGCAGCCCUCUCCCGGCGGAGGCCCGAGGGCGAGGAAGGCGAAAGAGGCUCGUUUGGACUCCGAGCCAGAGGGACGCCCUGCGAGCGUCCUUUGAGCGGAACCCGUACCCGGGCAUGGCCACCAGAGAACAGCUGGCCCAGGCCAUCGGCGUUCCAGAGCCCAGGGUCCAGAUUUGGUUUCAGAACGAGAGAUCGCGCCGGCUGAGGCAGCACCGGCGGGAAUCCAGGCCCUGGCCUGGGCCACGCGGCCCGCCAGAAGGCCGGCGAAAGCGGACGGCCGUGACCCAGUCCCAGACCGCCGUGCUCCUCCGGGCCUUCGAGCGAGAGCGCUUUCCGGACUUCGCCGCCAGGGAGGAACUGGCCAGAGAGACGGGCCUCCCGGAGUCCAGGAUUCAGAUUUGGUUUCAGAAUCGAAGGGCCAGGCAUCCAGGCCGGGCUGGCAGGGGACCCGCGGCCGCAGGCGGCCUGUGCAACAGGGCCCCUGGCGGGUGCGGCUCCUCUCCUCCCUCCUGGGUCGCCUCCACCCACGCCGGGGCGUGGCGGACGGCGCUUCCCGCACCCCAAGUGCCCUGCGCGCCUGGGGCCCUCCCACAGGGGCCCGUCGUGAGCCAGGCAGCAGGGGCCGUGCCCCUGCUUUUGCACGGACAGGCCCCACAGGCAGAAGGAAUCUCGCAACCUGCCCGGCACUCGGGGCUUUCGGGUUCGCCGCCCUGGCUCUUUCAGAAGUGGCUCUCCCCCACCCUCAGAGCCCUCGGGGGCCUCCCCACCCGAGCAGAUGCCAGGAGGAGCGGGACCGGUCACACGCCGGCCUGCCGGGGACGUUCUCCAUGGGACAGCUUGGGCCUGCUGGAGCCUAGCCACAGGGGCAAGGUAUGCUGGUGCCACACAGGGCCCCCCAGGGUCCCUGGUUGGGCUGGGGCCAGGGGCUCCACGUGGCUGGGGUGUCCGGCGAACCCCAAGCCGUGCCACCUCCAUCUCCACAGCCCGCACUUCCGGAGACCCCCGCCUGGCAGGGGCAGAUGCCAGCCCUGCAGGCGCCUUCCCAAGCUGGGUGGAACCCAGCACCUAGGUCGUGGUACACCUCCUGCCUUGGCACCUCCUGCUUGGGGCUUUGGGACAUAUAUCUGUGCUCAUAACUAGGAUGCUGUGAUUCUCUUCUCUUGCCUAAUAUCUGCUCACAUAGGAGUCAAUAACAUAACAGGUGCAAUAUUUACUCUGUCUCAAAGAAAAGAAAAUGAAGACACAAAGAAAAUUAUACAUCUUAUCAAAAUGACUUUUUUCCAAUAUUGAUCGUUUAUUCUGAAAAGAGUUACAAACUCAUACUCAAACACACUUAUUUUCUUCCACCUAAAGUUUAUAUUUAGACUAACAGAUGUGUAUAUUUAACUCUAGGUAAAUUAAAACUAACAAUCUUUAGGUGUUUGAAAGCAUACAGGCCACAUAUGAAAAGAAGACUAAGAAAUUUUUAAAAGUAUUUAUCCAGGACUCAGAUAUGUGUAAAUUUUAUUUAUAACUGUAUACAAUUUUUAUUAUUACAAAACUGACCCUGUAGUCAAUUUUACUUUUACAUCGUAAAAUUACUAUAACUGUAGAAUUGUUUGUAAUACAAAAGAUAAAUUUUAGAGGUGAUGGAUCCCUCAGCCAACCUAAUGUGAUUAUUAAAUACUGUAUGCCUGUCAGAAUAUUUAUAACAUAUGUACAUAUAUGUAACAUAAAUAUGUGCCCACAAAAAUUAACAAAAGUUAAAUGCAGGAAAAAAAACUUUACCUACUGGAACAAUAUUGAUUAACUUAUUGCAAUUUUAAGCCAGUGGCAAAAAAGAUUACUAGAGACCUUAGUCCAUGAUUUAACCAAAUCGUGUAUUCUUUUAUCUUUUACCUAUACCCUUGAGUCAGGAGGACUAGGUUAAAGUAAAUGAAUAAGAUGUAAUUGAAUGUGCAAUAUUUAAAAUGUGAAAAACGUUGAAUUAAGAAAUUCACACCUAAUCUAAAAUUUUUAGCAUGUACUGCAUUUAGUUUCAUAAAAGUAAAAUCGGUAAAAUAAUAUGCUAAUUUUAUUUUAUUUAUUUUUGAGACAGCGUCUCACUGUAUCACCUAGGCUGGAGUGCAGUUGCACAAUCUCAGCUCAUUGGUAAGCUUCGCCUCCUUGAAGUGGUUCUUCUGCCUCAGUCUCCCGAGUAGCUGAAUGAACUACAGGUGUGCACCACCAAGCACAGCUCAUUUUUGUAUUUUUAGUAGAGAUUGGGUUUUACCACAUUGGCCAGGCUGGUCUCAAACUCCUGACCUUGUGAUCCACAAGUCUUGGUCUCCCAAAGUGCUGGGAUUAUGGGUCUGGGCCACCGGGCAAAGACAAUUUAACUAAAACUAACAAUAUUUGUCUCUCAAUAUAAUGCAGAAGAAUAUUACUCUGGACACCUACCUCAGGCAUCACUCACUAUUGUAAGUUAACCACAAAGAACCUUUUUAGAUUUUCAUCAUGUGUGUUACAUUUUAAUGUCCUUACUCUUUCGUAAGAGGUCAUAGAAGUUCACCUACUAAAAAGUAUCUCUUCUGUCUUGAUACAGCAACAAUUGGUCACAUGCUUUCAUGUACAAACACAAUAGUAAUAAAGAAACAUGAUGGACUGAGCACAGUGGCUAACACCUGUAAUCCCUGUACUUUGGAAGGUUGAGCUGGGUGGAAGACCUGAGGUCUCAAGUUUGAGACCAGCCUGGCCAACAUGUCCAAACCCCACUUCUACUAAAAAUAUAAAACAUAGCCUGACAUAGUGGUAUGUGCCUGUAAUCCCAGCUACU